UUUUCAAUAUAAUUUACCUACUUUUUUCAAUGACAUCAAAAAAGAAUACCUUGUUAUCAUUUUUCACAAGCAAUAAAAAAAUUCGAAGAGAAAAUGAAAAUAACGAGACUGAAGUGAACUCACCAGUAAGAAAAAUUACAGAAGUAAACAAUUCUGCAUGUACCACAAAUUCUUUAGAAAGUUUUAGUGAGGCAUCGAAUUCACGAUUACAGCAAGAUGAUUUUAUUUGUGAAAAUAAUCAAACGCUCGGCAAUGCUAAUGACAUAGGUUAUUUUGUAGAAUGUUUAUCUUUAACAGAUGCUGAUAAAAAGCUUGUGCUAACUAAUCUAUGGGUACCAGAUGUUGAAUAUAAAUUCCCAUUGCUUGCAAAAAAUGAAAAACGUGGCUUAAGAUUUCAGCAUAAAUGGCUAAAAGAAUUUAAUUGGCUGGCGUAUUCAAAUGUCAAAAAUGGGACAUUCUGUAAAUACUGUGUACUGUUUGCAAAAAAUGGUGGUGUUGGAAGCCAGCCUUUGGGUAGCCUUGUUACUGUUGCUUUCAGCAACUGGAAGAAGGCAAAAGAGACUUUUCGGGCUCGUGGAAGUUUGAAAUAUCAUACAUUGUCUGUUCUAGACUCUGAACACUUUUUAAAAUAA